GGAAGCUCUGUAGUGUUCUGUCUUCCACCGUGUCUCUCUGAAUGCGCGAGGCUCUGCGCGAGGCUCUGCUCGACGUGUUUCACCCUGAGGACAGUAGAAUCACACCCAGGACGGACAGCUGUCGUGCGUUGAGACUUUAAACUAAUAUUUGAACCUGUUGGCUGUUAAAUCAGGAGGUUGACUGCGAGGCAGAGAGAAGAGCAGAGGGCGUGUUACAGUCUCAAGAGUUGAGACCUUCAUCACUCCUCCUCUUCCUCCUCCUCUCGCUGGAUGCUAGCUGUAGCUGUAGCUCGGUAGCUGUGUGUUGUGCAUGUCUGUUGCUCUCCUCCUAGUUGAAGUUACAGUCUGCCGUGUUUAGUGUUCAUAUCGAUCGGGAGGUGUUGGUGAAGAUAGAGACAGAAGAAGCAGAAGUAGGUGAAGAUGGGAUGUACUCUGAGCACCGACGACAAGGCGGCUCAGGAGCGGAGCAAGAUGAUCGACCGGAACCUCCGAGACGACGGAGAGAAAGCAGCCCGGGAGGUCAAGCUGCUGCUGCUGGGUGCUGGGGAGUCUGGGAAAAGUACGAUUGUUAAACAGAUGAAGAUCAUCCAUGAAGCGGGCUACUCAGAGGAGGAGUGUAAGCAGUACAAGGCCGUGGUCUACAGCAACACCAUCCAGUCCAUCAUCGCCAUCAUCAGAGCGAUGGGACGCCUCAAGAUCGACUUCGCUGAUCCAGCCAGAGCGGAUGAUGCGCGGCAGCUGUUCGUCCUGGCGGGUUCAGCAGAAGAAGGCUUCAUGACGGGCGAACUGGCCGGGGUCAUCCAGCGGCUGUGGAAGGACGGAGGCGUCCAGGCCUGCUUCAGCCGCUCCCGAGAGUACCAGCUCAACGACUCGGCAGCAUACUACCUGAACGACUUGGACAGGAUAUCCCACGGAGCUUACGUGCCCACCCAGCAGGAUGUGCUGAGGACCAGAGUCAAAACCACCGGCAUCGUGGAAACACACUUCACUUUCAAGGACCUGCACUUCAAAAUGUUCGAUGUCGGCGGUCAGAGAUCGGAGAGGAAGAAGUGGAUCCAUUGUUUUGAGGGAGUCACCGCCAUCAUCUUCUGUGUGGCUCUGAGUGACUACGACCUGGUGCUGGCGGAGGACGAGGAGAUGAAUCGAAUGCACGAGAGCAUGAAGCUGUUCGACUCCAUCUGCAACAACAAGUGGUUCACAGACACCUCCAUCAUCCUCUUCCUCAACAAGAAGGACCUGUUUGAGGAAAAGAUCAAGAAGAGCCCUCUGACCAUCUGCUACCCAGAAUACGCAGGCUCCAACACCUACGAGGAGGCAGCAGCUUACAUCCAGUGCCAGUUUGAGGACCUGAACAAGAGAAAGGACACCAAGGAGAUCUACACCCACUUCACCUGUGCCACCGACACCAAGAACGUGCAGUUUGUGUUCGACGCCGUCACCGACGUCAUCAUCAAGAACAACCUGAAGGACUGUGGCCUCUUCUAAAGGCAGCCGGGCGGACGGCUCACCGAGUGACUUUAUUCCAGGGGACUCUGACUGGAGGGAACUUGGUGGACCCUGCUGAGAAUGUCACUUUUAACCUCUUAUUAACUUAUGUUCAUCUCUAAAGGUUUUAAAGACGGUGUGUAGAGAAAACAUUUUGUGUAAAAUAUUUGUACAACUGUCUCUGGCUGGGGAUUUUUCACAGUUUUUAAAAUGUGCUUGUUUUACCUUAUUAUCAUUAUUUUAAAUUUUUAUAUAAAAAGGGGGGCCUUGACAUUUAUUUUUUGUCCAUGAAUGAACACUUUUUGUCUUCUGUCUGUCCGUAGGCCCCGGUGCCGUGCAUGCCUUAGUUGCAGUGUGUUUCUUUCUGUCCAGUUAGAUGUUUAGAGCUUUCUGUAGAUGUUACAUUGAACUCCUCCCGAGCCCCCCCCACCCCCGAGUAUCUAUUGUUUUCUCAUUAUUUCAUCGUCUCAUUUAUUUUUUUUGCCUCCUUGGACAAACCAAGCAAGACCAAGUCAUUCUGUAGACCAACUCACUCUGACUCUGACCUCCUGUGAGAGCUGUGUGUAAACCUUCUGGGAUGUGUGGUUCGCGUGUGUGCUGCGAGUGGGAGUUCUGUUUUGAUUGAGGCCAAAAGCCAGCGUGAGUGCGUGUGUGUGUGUGUGUGUGUGAGUGUGUGUGUGUGCGUGUGUGUGAGAGUGAAUGUGUGCACAAUAUUAAACAAAGGGACUUUAUUCCUCUACUUGUCAUCCUCUUUCAAAGUUUUAUUUUUCUAAGCGACCAAAAAGCAGCUCCUCUCUGUAAUAAAGUGCACGUUGUUGGUGCAAACUGAAACAUUCCCGAUUGAAUCACGAAGCAAAGAGAAGCUUUGAAAAGAGGAUGCCAACACGGCGGCCUUGUAGCAGACAAUAGGACCAUAACGUAGAUCUGUGACACGGCUGGGUGCGCUGUUACUGAUCAUGAUGUGUGAUGGUUUAAAGUUACAUAUCCCCCCCCACCCGACCCCCCGACCCUCUGUUUCCAUUGGAUGGGCACAUUAGUGGACUAAUCUCCAUGAUUUUGCUAAUAAAAGAGCUGCGAUGGUGAAACCAUGGCAACUUAUGCAACAA